AUGGACAUCUUUGCAAAUGCCGGUGCGGUCACGCCAGCGAACAGCAUUGACGCAUGCACAAGCGAUGGAUUCCACCUCAAUAACGGUCAGCAGACUGCCGGUGGCUUGGGAUUGCUCUUGCUUGAUGGCGAGGCAUUUGUGUGGACUCCUUGGGAUAGCAGAGCAGGAAAGGAGACAGCAGGCUUCGGCAAGCUCCUUGACAAGAGAGGAAUCAUCAAUCUUCCGCCAUCUUCGCUGGGAGUGUUGGAACUGGUCUACCCGAAGCCAGAUCUCCUCCUUAUAGGCACAGGGCGCAAAUUAUGGAUGUUGGGCAAGGAAACCAGGAAAUAUUUGUCUGAGGCACUAGGGAUCAGGGUAGAUGUCAUGGACACGGGAAAUGCAGCGGCGGCAUACAAUCUACUGGCAACUGAAAGAGGUAUCACUCAGGUCGCCGCAUUGAUGAUCCCUAAUGGAUUUCGCGGUUCGUAA